UCUCUCAACGAAAUUACCCGCAGAGACGCGCACACUCACGAUCGAUCGAUCUCUCUCGAUCGCCGAUCCCAAUCCUCUCUCUCUCUCCUCUGCCGUCUCUAGCUCCUCCAUUUCGGCCGGCGAAACCCUAAUCCUUCCAAAAUUCGGAUAAAAUCUCUAGGCUCGUUGAUGGCGACUGAGGAGCCGUUGCCGGCGGUGGAGCCGGCGCCUGAGCCGGCCAACCCGGAGGUGGCCGACGAGAACCCGGCGCCGAAGGCCGGGAAGUCGAAGAAGGCCAAGGAGCCCAAGGCCAAGAAGCCCGCCGCUGCGAAGAAGCCCCGCAAUCCUCCUUCUCAUCCUCCGUACGAAGAGAUGAUAAAGGACGCGAUCGUAACGUUGAAGGAGAAGUCCGGCUCGAGCCAGUACGCCAUCGCCAAGUUUAACGAGGAAAAGCACAAGCAGCUUCCGCCCAACUUCAGGAAGCUGUUGCUCUUCCAUUUGAAGAAGCUUGUGAGCUCCGGCAAGAUCACGAAGGUCAAAGGCUCGUUCAAGCUACCUCCAGGGAAAUCGGCGGCGGCGACGGCGGCGGUGGCUCCCAAGCCGGCCUCCGUGGCUAAGAAGCCGUCGAAGCCGAAAGCUUCUGCAAAGCCAAAGCCAAAACCGAAGGCGAAGGCCGCUGCUAAGCCAAAGGAGACGAAGUCGGCCAAGCCUGCUGCGAAGGCCUCAGCCAAGCCGAAAGCAGCUGCUAAGCCGAAGCCUAAGGCCCCUGCGGCUAAGCCCAAGGUUUCUGCUGCAGCUGCCAAGUCGAAGGCGGCUAAGGCCAAGCCCAAGGCCGCAGCUGCCAAGCCGAAGCCAGCUGCCCCGAAGGCUAAGGCCACGGCCGCGGCCAAGCCGAAAGCCAAGGAGAAGCCAGCGAAAGCUUCAAGGACCUCGACGAGGACCUCUCCGGGGAAGAAGGUGGCGCCUCCUAAGAAGGCCCUGGCGGCAAAGAAGGCAUCGGCAAAGAGCGUCAAGCCGAAGAGCGUCAAGUCGCCCACGAGGAAGCCUUCGGCACGGAAGGCGAAGAAGUGAUGGAAGCCAUAGAGCGAGAUAGAAUGCUUUGUCUAGGGGUAGUUCCGGUAAAUUCCAUAGAACUCGUUGGUAUUGUAUUGUGAGGCCUCUUGGGAAAUACAUAGCAUCGGAAUUUUCUUUCUUUCUUUCUUUCUUUCUUUCUCUCGUUUCUUCUUUUCAUGUUCUUGCUUUGUUCUCUGUAAGUUUCUAAUGGCUUUUGGGGGUUAGCAUUUUCUAGAUAUGUACUUCAGUUGGUUGAAUAGAUCACGAGGGGAUGAUGUUCCGUCGAA